GAACCCCAGCCAGCCCCUCAGCACAGCCCUGCAGAGAUGCCUCCUCAGAUCUCAGACGGCCACAGCUACUCAGCCAAAGUCAUCCAGGGCUCCCUCGAGAGCCUGCAGGCCGUGAGGGAUUUCGUGGAGAGCAGCGCCAAGCUGUGUCAGCCUGACCAGAUCCACAUCUGCGAUGGCUCCGAAGAGGAGAACCAGCAGCUGCUGGGCCGCAUGGAGGAAGAGGGUGUCAUCAAGAGGCUGAAGAAGUACGACAACUGCUGGUUGGCUCUCACCGACCCCAGGGAUGUGGCCAGAAUUGAAAGCAAGACUGUCAUUAUUACUCAAGAGCAAAGAGAUACGGUGCCCAUCCCCAAAACUGGCGUCAGCCAGCUGGGUCGCUGGAUGUCCAAGGAGGACUUUGAGAAGGCGUUUAAUGCCCGGUUCCCAGGGUGCAUGAAAGGUCGCACCAUGUAUGUCAUCCCGUUCAGCAUGGGGCCGCUGGGCUCGCCUCUGUCCAAGAUCGGCAUCCAGCUGACCGACUCGCCCUACGUGGUGGCCAGCAUGCGCAUCAUGACGCGAAUGGGCGCGCCUGUCCUGGAAGCGCUGGGUGAUGGAGAGUUCGUCAAGUGCCUCCACUCUGUGGGCUGCCCUUUGCCUUUAAAAAAGCCUUUGGUUAACAACUGGGCCUGUAACCCAGAGCUGACGCUCAUCGCCCAUCUGCCCGACCGCAGAGAGAUCAUCUCCUUCGGGAGUGGGUACGGUGGGAACUCACUCCUUGGGAAGAAGUGCUUUGCCCUCCGGAUAGCCAGCCGGCUGGCCAAGGAGGAGGGGUGGCUGGCAGAGCACAUGCUGAUUCUGGGCAUAACCAACCCCCAGGGCCAGAAGAAGUACUUGGCCGCUGCGUUUCCCAGUGCCUGCGGGAAGACCAACCUGGCCAUGAUGAACCCCACCCUCCCGGGGUGGAAAGUAGAGUGUGUGGGUGAUGACAUCGCCUGGAUGAAGUUUGACUCACAAGGGAACUUACGGGCUAUCAACCCAGAGAAUGGGUUUUUUGGCGUCGCUCCUGGAACCUCUGUGAAGACAAACCCCAACGCCAUUAAGACCAUCCAGAGGAACACCAUCUUCACCAACGUGGCCCAGACCAGCGAUGGCGGCGUUUACUGGGAAGGCAUCGACCAGCCACUGGCCUCGGGCGUCAGGCUCACUUCGUGGAAGAACAAGGAGUGGAGCCCGGAGGAUGGGGAGCCUUGCGCCCACCCCAACUCGCGCUUCUGCACCCCUGCCAGCCAGUGCCCCAUCAUCGACCCAGCCUGGGAGUCUCCGGAAGGCGUGCCCAUCGAGGGCAUCAUCUUCGGAGGGCGCCGACCUACAGGUGUCCCUCUGGUCUAUGAAGCUCUCAGCUGGCAGCAUGGAGUGUUUGUGGGGGCGGCCAUGAGGUCGGAGGCCACGGCAGCUGCAGAGCACAAGGGCAAAGUCAUCAUGCACGACCCCUUCGCCAUGCGGCCCUUCUUUGGCUACAACUUUGGCCACUACCUGACCCACUGGCUCAGCAUGGCCCAGCGCCCAGCAGCCAAGCUGCCCAAGAUCUUCCACGUCAACUGGUUCCGGAAGGACAAGGACGGCAGGUUCCUGUGGCCGGGCUUCGGCGAGAACUCCCGGGUGCUGGAGUGGAUGUUCAAUCGCAUCAACGGGGAAGGCGGCGCCAGGCCCACUCCCAUCGGCUACGUCCCCGCGGAAGGCGCCCUGGAUCUGCGGGGCCUGGGGGAUGUCAACGUGAAGGAGCUCUUCCACAUCUCCAAGGAGUUCUGGGAGGAGGAGGUAGAAGAGAUCCAGAAGUACUUGGAGGAGCAAGUGAAUGCUGACCUCCCCCACGAGAUCAAGAGCCAGGUCCUGGCCCUGAAGCAAAGGAUCAGCCAGAUGUAAUUGGACCCCACGGCCUUCAGUCCUCCCCUUUCCGGUCCCUAAGAUGUCCCAGCCGCGCGAGAGACUGGCACUUCCUGAAUUCUCACCGCCUGCAGCACUGUAAUGAUCACACCCGUGAGCUGACCUGAAAGACACACCCUAAUUUUUCAGAUACGAUGACAGAGCACAGGCUAGUGGGGAGCACAGGAUAAUGAGGUGGGAUGGGGAAAUCUCAGCACGGCUCCAGGGUUCACUAUCCAGCACACAUUCGUUCAACCUAAGGACACUCAGGCAGAGCGUCUUUUCCGUUUUUCCUCUGUAGCUGUAUCAUUUCGCCAGAAUGCACAGAAAAAAAAGUACUUGAGCUGUAUAUAGGUGUAUGUGUGCGUGUAUCUAUGUACUGUUGUCUGAAACAUAUUUAAUACCUUUGGAGAAAUCUUGGGCAAGAUUACCUACUAGUUGUUGCUAGAAAGCAAUGCUGCUUUGUUAUUAACAUGCGUGUUUAAAUUAUUUUUAUAUCCCUGGUUCCUUACCUUCACAUAAUUUCAACUUUCCUCCUUACCAAUUUCAGGGGAAAAAAAUCACAAAAUAAACUUUUAUAGAAAAGGU